AUGGAGAACACGGCCGGUUUGAAAAUGUGGUUAGCAUUGAUAACUAUCUUUAUUGUUGGAUUUGUCAUUUCUGCUUCAGCAGUGAUUGAUCAUGGUCAUGGAGUUGGUGCUGACAUAUUUCUGAGGAAUGAAACUAUUUCAUUUGUGGGAUCAUUACUAGUGAGAAAUGGUCCAAUGCCCUGGGUAGGAACUACAGGGCGAUUGUGUAGAGGAUCUGAUGGUACUAAAUGCCAGUUCUCCAACUGUGGGCUAGGGCAUCUUCUCCCAAAGUGUGCCAUUGGAUUUGCAAGAGGCAUUAAAGGUGGGCGCAAAGGGCUUUCAUAUACAGUCACCAGUUCUGAUGACAACCCUAACAAUCCUGCUCCAGGUACAUUGCGUUAUGCUGUAAGCCUCUAUUCUGCCAGCCCUAGAGGAGUAUGGAUCACAUUUUCCCAUGAUAUGACAAUUCAGCUGAAAGAAAUGCUCCAUGUCUUUAAUCACACAACCAUAGAUGGAAGGGGAGUGAGGGUGAUUAUCACUGGAUCUUCAAUUGGGCUGAGUAAAGUUGAGGACAUUAUUAUUCAUAACAUUCAAAUCAACAAUACCGAUUUCGGCACAGUUCAUAUAUUCGAAUCCAAAAAGGUCUGGGUGGAUCACAUUACUUCCUUUGAUGGUGAGGUGGGUCUCGUAUCGGCAGUUGAGGGCUCUACUGAUAUUACCAUUUCAAACUCUCGUUUAUUUAAUAAUCACUACAAUAUGUUAUUGGGUGCCGAUGAUUCAGACAUAAUUGACAAGAAAAUGAGAGUUACUAUUUAUAGGAAUUGGUUCAAAGAUACAAACCAGCGCAAUCCUCACUGCAGAUGGGGAUACUGUCAUGUUGUUAACAAUCUGUAUGCAAACUGGGGAUCAUAUGCAAUUGGGGCAAGAGUUCAUGCACAAAUUUACUCGGAAAAGAAUGUAUUUGUACCUGGAAAAGACCCUGAAGUAACUGAAUGGUACCCAGGGUAUGAAUCUAAGUGGGACACCACUCCUAGGAUCCAGUCCAAUGGUGAUCUACUUCUAUAUGGUGCUACAUUUCAUCAAUUCCUGUACAAUGGACCUGUGGUUGCUCCUCCUUACAAAAACCGCAGGCAGUAUCCUCCUGUCAUUAGCACAGGAAGACUACCACGUCUUAUUGGUUACUGCUCUGGAGUUCUUCUGAAAGGAAGUGUUCGUUCUUGCCUUCUGCGUGGAUAA